UCAGAGGAAUUAAGAAUGCACGGAUGUUUUUACAACGACCCCCCUGCUGUGCAGCAUCUGUUCGGUGUAAUAAAUGUUCAGACAUGUCCGGGCAAAACACGAGAAGAAAGUACAGUAGCCAAUCAUACAGCAAGGCUAGACCAACAACCAAUCAGGGUUUUAUGAUGUGUGUCGUGUUUGUUUAUUGUUUUACUCAAAUGUAUAAAAAUCCCAGUGAAACAAGCAGAGGAUCUUUUUUUAAAAAAAAGUCUAGGUUGCGUGAAACACAGCGGACCCUUUUCUACAGCUUUUACUGCGGACAAUGGCUUCAAUUAACGUAUUUCUCAUUAGGUCCAGCUGCUGACGAUUCCGGAGUUGAAAACCGUGCCCCUGCACCCCGCUGCAGCAGCCCUGCAGCACAAAGACGCUCACUUUCGUUGAAAAGGCGCAGAACAGACCCUCCAGCCUCUGCUGCUAGAGAUUUUAUACCUGCACAGCGCAGGCCACUGAGACCCCUCCAUCAGUUUUCUAGCGGGUUUAACACUGCCUGGGCGAUUCACCAGGACUACCCGGCUGAAAAUUUCCAGAGGGUUACACCGUCAGGACAAGGAUUUCUCACUGCUCAACCGCCUGAGCUGACGGCCACGCAAGAAACAAGCGCCGCGGUAGCUGCGUUACUGGUUGUCCAGGGAUUAUCUGCGGGUGAAGCGUGGAGCGCACUAGGAUCGGGCGGUGUAGAAUCGGCUCCAACGGCUGUUGAGGAGUGCUUCAACGGCACAUUCGAGGAGGUCGGGGAGUCUGUGAACUCGUUUCCUAACGGUCGAGAGGAAGUCGGCGGAACAGCGGACGCCCAGCAGCGUGAGAGGGCAUCGAUCAGUGAGGAACACGGGCCAUCUCCUCCUCCUCCUCUGCACCGGCGGCUAUUUAACGAGGGAAUAUCUACAGAGGCUUUGUGGAGUCAGCAGGAGUCGCUCUUCCCACCACAGAACACCAGCCUACAGCAUCAGCACGAAGUAAGCAAAGAUCUAUUUUCUACGAGUACACCUGUGAAGGCUGGCGUUGCUGAUACUGGUGCUGCUUCUGCUCCCGCAGCGGGGAGAGGUGUGUGUGUGGGGAAUCUCCCCACAAUCCCCACAUUAUUAAGAGGUGCUGACUAUAUUCCAGAUUUUGAUGAUCUGUUAGACAGUACUGGUGAUUACAGACACAGUAACUUACCCGACUUACUGACAUUAUCACCUAUACCCGCUUCAUAUCCUCCCCCUCCCAGUGUUUUUGCUGACGUUGUUGUUGAAAACGGUGAGGAGGAGAGCAUAGCAUUUAUUGAUGCACAUCCAGGCCAGGCCUCCAGCCCGCCUCAGCCUAUCCCUUUUCCCCUGCCUCCUCCAGUAGGUGUUGUUGUUGAUGUUGAUGAGAGUGUAGUGUUUGUUGAUGCGUAUCCAAGCCAUCCCUCCAGCCCUCCUCGGCCUAUCCCUCACCCCCUGCCUCAUCCAGUAGGUGUAGGUGUAGUUGUUGAUGCUGAUGUUGAGAGUGUAUUGAGCCAUACGUCCCGCCCUCCACCCAGCAGCCGCCUACCCUCCUCAGCCUAUUACCGACCCUGUCUCACCUCUGAUUCUCCCACCCCAGUGGCUGUUCUAGCAAGAGAGAACGCAUUGCUCAAAAUCAGGACACCGGCUGCCAUGGGUUUUGAGGACAUGGAGAAGGGUAUUUUCCGCACAAGUUCAACACCAGGGCUUAACGAGUACUAUGUGGGGAAAUACCCCGACCCCUCUUAUUACGGGUACAACACCAUGUCUGACAGCGACAAGCAUAGGUUCAUGAUCUGGUGCACAGACCUCGACCCGUUCGCGUUCACGACACUGGCGUCGAGUUGCAUGGGCGUUUUCAAAACGCGUUUUCUACCCAAAGACACCCUCGCCCUCACGUAUGAAGGCGCAUACACACGGCAGAAUAAAACCUAUUCUGAGGUGUCUAUGCAGUGGCUGGAAUACGUGGCCAGGGCGCACCUCAACACUUACAGGCUCAAAGAACGCCUCGACCCACGACAAGCCCUUUUUGGAGGGCGUACAAACGCCAUCAAGAUGUACCACAAGGCUGAUAACGCAGAUGAGAAAAUCAGAUACUACGAUUUCACAAGCCUAUUCAGCAUGCGGAGUAACAUGCCCUCCUGCGAGUUAAUCACAGAACCGGAGAGAUUCACGCAGCUCAUGUUCAGCGACCAUUAUGACGUGCGUCAGUUUGGGUUUAUAUCCGAUGACGUGGCCAUUGUCCAGUGGUGUCACGCAGAUGGUAAGGCGUCCAGAGUGAAUGAUGUGAAUGUGUUCAUAGGGGCUAUGACCACCGCCUAUGCUAGGCUGAUGCUGUAUGACUUGUUGGACAGGCUACAGGAGCGUGUGCUGUACUGUGACACGGACAGCGUCAUUUUCACGUCCGGCCCAGGUGAUUGGGUUCCCCCUCUAGGCUCAUACUUGGGUGACUUAACCGACGAGAUCAAUGACGGUGAUGUGUGCGGGCUCCCAGAGGAAGAUUAUAUCACAGAGUUUGUGUCUGGGGGUCCAAAGUGUUACGCCUACUGCACAAAACUUGGUAAAACGCAGGUCAAGUGCAAGGGUGUCACACUUAAAAUGCAGCAGUGCUCACCCACGAGUCGCUUAAGGGGUUGGUCCAGUCCUUUGUGA